AUGCGUGGCGUGAACUCUUUCUCACGCACUGCCUCACUUGAUGUGGUGGGUCACGUUGACGGAACCACUGUUCCCAACGGCGACAACGACGGACCUUGGCAAAAGCGUGAUGGUCUCGUCAAACUCUGGAUCUAUGGAACUCUUACCCCACCUCUGUUCAAAAAGGCGUUUCAGGCUGGAGACACGGCUCGAGACAUCUGGUUGCGUAUCGAGAAUCUGUUUCGCAACAAUAAGGAGGCUCGGGCCAUUCAACUCGACACUGAGCUGCGUACUACAGAAAUCGGAGAUCGAUCUGUCGAAGACUAUUGUCAACGACUCAAGUCCAUCUCCGAUCUCCUCAAGAACGUUGAUGCCCCUGUUCCCGAUCGCAUGUUGGUGACAUACAUGCUGAAUGGGCUCAAUGACAAGUUUGAUAACAUCAUCAAUGUCAUCAAACAUCGUGAACCAUUUCCAACCUUUGAAGUCGCACGCUCGAUGCUUGAAUCGGAGGAAACUCGUCUAAAGAAAUCACACAAAACCGUGGCCUCCCAAACUGAUCAUCCAUCGUCGUCUGCAGCUUUGACCGUGUCAAGUGACCAACCCAAGUUUCAGCGACCUCCUGCUCCGAAAAUCUCCAACCAUCGCGGAAAUAGACGCAACAAUGGAACUCGAUUCCGUGGCCGCCACAAUUUUUCUCCACGACCUACAUAUCCAAACUGGGCCACAAAUCAGUACUGGCCCGGCCCAGUUCCUCAAUGGCAAUAUCAGUUUGGCCCAUGGAACCCAUACCCAUUUCCUAAUGAUACACGCGGGAUUAUGGGCCCUCGUCCAUCUCCUCCACGCUCCUCCUCCGCAAAUGUCGUCGAUCAAGUUUUCCAGCCUACCACUGAUUUUUCCGAAGCUUACAACACCAUGACUCUUCCUGAUCCAUCUGCAACCAAUUGGUUCAUGGAUACAGGCGCCACUACUCAUCUCGCUUCCACUCCAGGUAUCCUCAAUUCUGCUCUUAAUCGAAACAUUGCUCACUCUGUUGUUGUGGGUAACGGUUCCUCAAUCCCUGCUAUUGCUUCAGGCAACUCUCUUAUCACCUCUCAAACUCGUCCCCUUUCUCUUAAUAAUGUCCUUGUCACUCCUCAAAUUGUCAAAAACCUUAUUUCUGUCCGUCGCUUUACCAUUGAUAAUUGGUGUUCUGUUGAGUUUGACCCAUUUGGUUUCUGUGUGAAGGACCUUCAAACCAGGAGAACUCUUCUCCGCAGUGACAGCACCGGCGAUCUAUAUCCUCUUCCAGCCUCAUCUUCCACUUCUCAGUCCACUGCGCUCACUGCCUCCUCUCUGAGUCUUUGGCAUAAGCGUCUUGGACAUCUCAACAAUGAAUCUCUUCGUUCUGUUAUUUCUUUCAAUAAUUUAGCUUGUAAUAAAGACAGCCUACCUCUUUGUACGGCUUGUCAACUUGGAAAACAAAUAAAGCUUCCCUUUUUUCCUUCUCAAACGAUUGUUUCUAAACCUUUUGAGUUAAUCCACUCUGAUGUUUGGACCUCCCCUGUUUCCAGCAUCAGUGGUCUUCGUUAUUAUGUUCUGUUUCUUGAUCAUUAUACACACUUUCUCUGGGUUUAUCCCCUUCGUCGCAAAAGCGAAGUCUUCUCAAAAUUUCUCCAUUUUUACUCUCAUAUCCAAACACAGUUCAACUCUCCCAUAAAAGCUUUUCAGUGUGAUAAUGGAGGUGAAUAUAAUAACACCGACUUUCACAAAUUCUUCGACACCAAUGGCAUUCAAGUGCGUUUCUCUUGCCCUCACACCUCCCAACAAAACGGGAAAUCUGAGAGGAUGAUCCGCACAAUCAACAAUUCAAUUCGUUCCUUGCUAUUUCAAGCUAAACUCUCGCCAGCAUAUUGGGUCGAAGCUCUUCAUGUCGCUGUCCAUCUCAUAAAUAUUCUUCCUUCCUCUGCUAUCCAAAAUCAGGUUCCUUAUACUCUUUUGUUUCAGAAACCACCCACUUACGAUCAUCUCAAAGUGUUUGGGUGUCUUUGUUUUCCUAAUCUCAAUCACUCUAACCUUCAUAAGUUAUCUCCACGAACAACUCCUUGUCUCUUUCUAGGAUAUCCCUCUCAACACCGAGGCUAUAGAUGUUUGGAUCUUAAGACCAACAGAAUCAUCAUCUCUCGCCAUGUAGCGUUUGAUGAGUCGAUCUUUCCGGCUGCUGUCACUGUACAUGAUCCUCCUUCUCUCUACCAAUUUCUCAAUGGUUAUGAGGAACCGUCGCCAAUGUUACACUCUCUCCUUCAAACUCCACUUCCCCAAACACCACCACAACCACCAAACGUUCCCGCUCCUCCACCACCACCAAACGUUGCCGCUCCUCCACAACCACCUGUUAUUCCCGCUCCUUCUCAACCAACACACCAAAUGGCCACUCGCAGUAAACACGGCAUACGUAAGCCACGCUCCCUUAUGUCUCUCCUUGUUACUUCCAAACACUCUGUUUCUCCUCUUCCUUUGAGUUAUAAACAAGCUCUUUCUGAUCCAAACUGGAACCCAGCAGCAACAGAAGAGUUUAAUGCUUUGCUUAAGAAUGGCGCUUUUGCUCGAUAUAAGGCUCGAUUGGUGGCAAAUGGAAAAUCACAGGAAGCUGGUGUGGACUUUGAUGAAACGUUUAGCCCGGUUUUCAAACCAGCAACAAUACGAUCUGUUCUUCAUGUCAGUCUUGCUCGCGAUUGGCCGAUUCAUCAACUUGAUGUACAAAACGCGUUCCUUCAUGGCGACUUAGAAGAGACGAUCUAUAUGUUCCAGCCACCAGGGUUUGCAGAUCCUAAAGCUCCGGAUCACGUCUGCAAACUCAAACGCUCUUUAUAUGGGCUCAAACAAGCUCCAAGGGCAUGGAAUUCACGAUUUGCUCGUUUUAUGACUAACAUUGGCUUUGUUGCAAGCAAGAGCGAUGCUUCUUUGUUUAUCUACAGGAAAGGUGAUCAACAAGCUUACCUUCUCCUCUAUGUAGAUGACAUCGUCCUCACUGCCUCAACGAAAGAGCUUCUGCAACACAUCAUCAAACUCCUCAAAACAGAGUUUCCGAUGACAGAUAUGGGCCGCUUACACUAUUUUUUAGGCAUCAAGGCAGAAUUCAAAAAUGGAGGGAUAUUUUUAAGUCAAUCAGCUUAUGCCUUAGACAUCAUCGAACGUGCAGGAAUGAAGAAUUGCAAACCAUGUGCAACGCCUGUCGACCUGAAGUCUAAACUCUCUGCUAAUUCUGGUGAUCGGAUCGACAAUCCAACUGCAUAUCGAUCCUUGGCUGGGGCACUUCAAUAUCUCACAUUUACGAGACCCGACAUAUCGUAUGCCGUCAAUCAGAUAUGUUUGUUCAUGCAUGAUCCACGAGAGCAACAUCUACAAGCUUUGAAACGCAUCCUAAGGUACGUGCAAGGCACUCACACUCAUGGUUUACAUCUUCAGAAAGGUUCAAUCAACGACAUCACUGCAUAUAGCGAUGCUGAUUGGGCUGGCUGUCCUGAUACUCGCCGAUCUAGCUCUGGCUACUGUCUCUAUCUCGGUCCGAAUCUCGUCUCGUGGAGCUCAAAACGCCAACCGACUGUCUCUCGCUCAAGCGCUGAAGCAGAAUACAAAGGAGUAGCCAAUGCUGUCGCUGAAGCUUGCUGGCUACGAAAUCUUCUUCUUGAACUCCACUGUCCGAUCACCAAAGCUUCUGUGAUCUAUUGUGAUAACAUCAGUGCUGUAUAUCUCUCCAGCAAUCCUGUCAAGCAUCAACGAACAAAGCACAUCGAAAUAGACAUUCACUUUGUCCGAGAAAAGGUGAAAAUAGGACAAGUCAAAGUCUUUCAUGUUCCUUCCUCUUUGCAGUUUGCUGAUAUUUUCACCAAAGGAUUACCGACCAUGCUGUUCAACGACUUCAGAGACAGUUUAACCGUCCGGAAUCCUAACGUUUUAACUGCGGGAGGGUGA